CCCUAUCACCAUUGUGAGCUAUUUUUUGUUAACUUCAAAACUCAUGACCGUUGCGUAUAUAAAAGAUAUAAUUCUGUUAACAAUUGUUGUGCAUCAUAUUUUCGUGUUUAUGAAGUAUUUAUAGUGUUUAAACGCGAAUUUACUAACGGUUUCCAAAAUCAUUGAGUUUAUAUUAUGAUGUAUUACAAAGUUAUAAUUUUUUGGUUCGUAUUAAUUGUGAGUUUAAUGUUUUCCGUUAUGAAACAGGUAAAAUGCGAUACACCGAGAGUAAAUCAUAGUUCAUCAUCAAAUAUAAAAAACCUAACGAUAAAUCUGAGUUUUCUGAUAUUUUUGGGUAAUCAAAGUAAAACCCACUAUCUAGAAUAUAAAAAAGAAAAUGAUGAAAAUAAAUUUGCAACGACAAGUAUUGAAACAACAGAAAUUCAGAAGACCGAAAAUUGUUCCCAAAAUACUUCCCGAAUAUUUAAUAGUAGUACUCCUAAAUAUGUGUCAACUAUAAGAACAGAAUCUCUAAAAAACGGAACCGAAAACUGUACUGAAUUUACCACCCAGUCUAUAGGUGCAUUAAACAGUACUACAGAUGGUAAACCAAUUAAAGAUCAUCUUACCACAAUAAUACCUGAUGAUAAAAUUAAUUGCACAGACUCUCCAAUGUUGGGAGAAGUUCAUGAAGUAAUUCUGUCUCCAGAGACGAAAGAUGAAAACAACUCAAGCGAUGUAAAAUCAACAACAUUAAACUACAGUGUAAGUAAUAUUACCUUGAAUCCACCAAAUAACCCUUACAAACCGUGUGAAAGCCGUAACGAGUUGAUAUUAUUGGUAGAAAAUGAUAUUAAUCUAAAAGUGUUUUUAAAUUCCAAAGGUAUAAUAGAAAAAACAUUAUUAUUAAACAACAAAACCGAUAUAUCGAUAACUAAUGGGACAAUGGAUGACAUAUUCGACGAAUAUGAAAUAAUAAAUAACGAUUCUGCCAUGAACUAAGAGAAGGUACCAAGACCAAAUUUUUUUCCAAACUUGAUGAUCUAUAGGUACUGCAUACAUACGUACAACUUAACGAAAAAUUGUGGAGAAAACUUACGAGCAUCAUAAAAACCACAAAGAAGCAUUAUCAUAUACUGUUAUUACAUUAUGUUAAACUUUAUAUAAAAUAUUAUUUUAAUCUGAAAAAUGGCAAAAAUACAUUGUGUGACUGUAGUG